CAUGGCUUCAGACGAUGCGUUUAAAGUGUCCUCCCUGAAAGGUAAAGUAGCUCUGGUAACAGGAGCCAGCUCAGGUAUCGGAGCAGGAACCAGCAUCCUGUUCGCUAAACUCGGAGCUCUGCUGGCUCUGAACGGCCGAGACGUGGAAAACCUCCAGAAAGUAGCCAAACAGUGCACCGACUGUGGAGCUGCUGAGCCUCUGCUUGUUCCUGGAGACCUGACUGAUGAGGAGACGGUGAAGAAGAUCGUGGAGCAAACCAUCGCUCACUUCGGCCGGCUGGAUGUCCUCGUUAACAACGCUGGGAUUCUGGCCAUGGGCAGCAUAGAGACCGCAGACCUGGCUCAGUAUGACAAGAUCAUGAACAUGAAUGUCAGAACCGUUUACCACCUGACUCAACUCUGUGUGCCCCACCUGAUCAAGACCAAAGGCUCCAUCGUCAAUGUGUCCAGUAUCAAUGGACAGAGAUCAUUCCCUGGUGUGCUGGCCUAUUGCAUGUCCAAGGCCGCCGUUGAUCAGUUCACACGUUGUACAGCACUUGAGCUGGCACCAAAGCAAGUCAGAGUGAACUCUGUCUGCCCUGGUGUGAUCAUCACAGAUGUCCACAAGAGAGCAGGACUAGAUGAGGACCAGUAUGCCCAGUUUCUAGUAAAUAGUCAGCAGAUUCACGCCCUCGGUCGACCCGGCGAGGUGGAGGAAGUGGCCCAGAGCAUCGCCUUCCUGGCGUCCGACGCCGCCAGCUUCAUCACCGGAAUCAACCUACCCAUCGACGGGGGCCGCAAUGCAAUGUGCCCAUUUUGAGAUCAUGUAUGUUAAGAUACAGCAGUCUGCCAAUAAAGUUCUUUUAAACUCUAAGUGUGCCUGUGUUUUUGUAUCAGGAAUCCCCCCCUGUAGCUAACUAAAACCGAUCAGUUGUUAGAAAAACAAACAUUACCUCAAGGAUACAAUUUUUCUCCCAUGUUUACAAUGUUGGUAGCUGUCAGGAUUUGACAGUGUGAAAUCAAUAGAAGGAAGCUAAAAACACGCCGCCUCAAGUAGGCAGUUUAAAUGCAUUUGUUUCCUCUAUUUCGCUAUGACAUUUGAUGAAAAAGAACUGAAAGCUGCUUAUCAA